UAAUCCAGUGACAUUAUAUAUAUUAUUCUGCAAUGGGUCAUUCCGCAUGAUGAGUACUUUUACUUUUGGUACUUCAGAAGGUUAUAUUCUAUAUUUUGUUGUAUUUGAAAUAGCCUACUUUUACUAAAAUAAGAUUUUGAAUGCAAAACGUUUUACUUGCAGAGUAAUUUUAAAGUAUAUUAGUACUUUUACCUAAGUUAAAGACCUAAAUACUUUCUCCACCACUGAAAGUGCAUAAUUUUGUACAUAUUAUUAAUAGACAAUGAUUUUAAUAGGCCACAUUUUAUUUUGUAGGUCUGCGUUGCCUAGGCGACAGGAAGCCGCCCUUGCAGACGGACAGCGCACCAGCAUCUUCCACCAUCGGCACCGACAUAUCUCAUAUGAGGAUCGCCCUUCUUCUGUCCGCCGUCAAGGCUUAGCUUGGGAUAGGUGAGACACAGGCAACAGGCAGCGUCACUUUUCCACUCUCCCUUGCCAGUAAAAGCCUCUGAGUAGCUUCAUAGUAGCAGCAGGGUAAAGGAGUGCAGAGGGACGCUGAUCUGUGGAGGAAUGUUACUGUGCUUACAAUGACCAACUGUUGGACUGUUUGGGACUGUCAAGGCUCCUCGGUGACGGGAAGGCAGGGCUCUCUGUGGACGAUGAACCGCUACACCAUGCUGAAGCAGCUGGGGGACGGCACGUAUGGAAGUGUGGUCCUGGGCAAGAGCAAUGACACUGGGGAGCUGGUGGCCAUAAAGAGGAUGAAGAGGAAGUUUUAUUCUUGGGAUGAGUGCCUGAAUCUAAGAGAGGUGAAGUCACUAAAGAAGCUGAACCAUGCCAAUGUGGUGAAACUGAGAGAAGUCAUCAGAGAAAAUGACUAUCUCUAUUUUGUCUUUGAGUACAUGAAAGAAAACCUCUAUCAGCUCAUGAAAGAAAGAAACAAGUUGUUCCCUGAGUCAGUCGUCAGAAACAUUACAUUUCAGAUAUUACAGGGACUGUCCUUUAUUCAUAAACAUGGGUAUUUCCAUCGUGAUAUGAAACCAGAGAACUUGCUCUGCAUGGGCCCAGAGCUGGUUAAGAUCGCUGAUUUUGGACUUGCCAGAGAAAUACGCUCACAGCCACCGUACACUGAUUACGUGUCUACAAGAUGGUACCGAGCCCCAGAGGUUCUACUAAAAUCUAACUCCUACAGCUCACCCAUUGACAUCUGGGCUGUGGGAUGCAUCAUGGCGGAGCUUUACACACUCAGACCUCUAUUCCCCGGCAACAGCGAGGUGGACGAAAUCUUCAAGAUCUGUCAGGUGCUGGGAACCCUGAAGAAGUCAGACUGGCCUGAGGGCUUCAACCUGGCCACCUCGAUGAACUUCCGCUUCCCAAAGUGCGUCGCCACCAGCCUCAGAUCCCUGAUCCCUAACGCCAGCAACGAGGCGAUCACGCUGAUGAAAGACAUGCUGCAGUGGGAUCCUGAGAAAAGACCAAGUGCUGCUCAGGCUCUACGGUAUCCAUACUUCCAUGUCGGCCAAGCGCUCGGUGCUCCUCUGAAGUACUUGGAGCAGCACAAGGCUCAGACAAAGAUGUCCGAGGCAGCCGCAGAAACAAAGGCCCUGUCCCUCUGUAAGACGGACCCAGAGUUUGGUGAGCCAAGUAGGACACAGCCCUGUAGCCAAACUUCUCACCAGCCCCUUCAGCAGAUCCUUCUACCUCAGGACAACAUGGAGCCAAGCACAAAACAAGCAGUGUGUUCCAGCACGCUGACAGAGGGGCAACAGGAACCUCUCAGCCUGGUGAAAAACAGGCAACCGCCUACAAGAGCAGCACCCACAGGAGCAGAGAACAGCAUAUCUAGGGUGAGGACAGGACGUCGAAGAUGGGGCCAGACGUCUUUCAAAUCCGUCGACAGCUGGGACGAUAGUGAAGACACAGACGCUGGAGUCUCCAUCUCCAAAAAACCUACCAUCAGCUCUGUGAAGGACAGGGCACUGGGUGGGCCCAGCUGUCGAUUUCCAGAGUCAAAGAGCAACACAGGAGCAAAGGUGCCGAGCAGCAGCGGGCUGAACAGAGCUGACUCCACCUUGUCUGCCAAGCAGCACUACCUCCGCCAGUCCAGAUAUCUGCCUGGCAUAAAUCCUAAAAACAACUCAUCAGUAGGACGUCAGGCAGUCGGCAGAAACCUGUGGGGCAGCUCGUCUUUAACCAGAGGAAAGGUGCCGGAGUUUCCACUGAAUAAAGACAAUAGUCUUUCUAAACCACCAGAUAAACGGCCUCUGAAAGAAAAGACCCUGGAGGAUCUUGAUCUCCCCAAAGACUCCUUCAUGAGCAACUCCAACAACCCAAACAAGACACACACAUCAUCGUUUCAGAAGACUGAAACAGGAGCAGCUCGACAGAGGGUUACACUGGCACCAAUAGGAGGGACCUCUGCUGUUGAUCUGAGAGUUGAGUCUAAAAUCAAAUCAUCCAAGAGCAAGACCUCCUCAAAUAAACUGUCGCUCUCAAAUGAAGAAUACGAAGGGUGGAAGAGCAGAUCUCUGAAUCCUCACAUCAUGGGGCCCAGCGCUACAGGGAGGAACACGUUUCCAAGGAGCACAAACAUCCAACCAGUGCACGGACGGGUGGACUGGACUGCCAAAUACGGAGGCCACCAGUAGCACAGCAGUCUGCUCUGCUCCACCAGUGACUCAUGGGAAAAAGAUCCCACUGCA